GAUAAGCCGUACCAUAAAUGUCUUGCUGUGGGUAUUGAAUUUGAAAUCUAGUAAGUGGAUUCGUGCAUUACAUUUAUUUAGCGUUCGUUGUGAAACACGUGCACGUGCACAAACUGGGUGGUAUCCCAGAUGAUCCCUUGGAUGAUUAGCUUUAUCUGUGACACACAGCACAUGUCGUCAUGAAGGCCUAGGGCAGGGUGGGUUCGGAAACUCUAACCCUAUAUGGGUUGCAGCGCUGCGGGAAUUUAACUUAUGGGCUGUGGACGGUCAACGACUCUCACCCCGCAACAGUCAAAUCGACCGCAAGAGCCGCUGAACGACAAGGUAAAAUCAGCCACGCCAGUCGAUAAAGAGGAGAAACAGCCCCUAGCCAGGACUGCUACGAACACUACGAUCCAGGUGACACAUGCAGGAACAGAAGACGAAAAGCGCCAUGAGAAGAGCAAUCCCGAACUCGCGCCGUUCACAAACAGUUGCACGUCGCUACCGACGCGCCUGCAGCCGCCUGAUUGGCCCGCGGAAACCGCUCGUUACGUCACUGCGCACUGACCAAAACGCGCGUCUCUUGUCGCGAGUCCCUCUCCUCGCUGCCUCUCCCCAAGCCACGGCCGCCAGCCCCGUCCGAACCGCGACUCGUCACCGACGCAGGAUAGACCGCUGUCCAUUCAGAACUACCUGGCCGACGUGCCGCGAAUGCCGUCACUCGGCGAGGACGCGCUGCUGUACGACGACGAUGACGGGGUCACGGAAUCCGAGUCGGUUGACACUGGCGACGACGUGCCGGCGUCGGUCGACCCGUCGCUGUUGGAGGAAUGCGCGAUCGCUCGAACGGAUCUCGAGGCGGAAAUGCCGAAUCACGUGUCACCUUCAGCGGACAUCGCCGAGGACUUCGCCUUGCAGAGCGAACACAUGGAGCUUGCCGACGAAAUCGCUGAACCUCCCGUUUUUCAUCGGCGACACAAAAUGCAUCUCACUGCUAGCAUGACGGAAUUCUUUUACAUCCUAGAUGAAAAGAUUGGAAUGGGCGGAGACUACGAAUCCGAGGAUGAGAGACAAAGUCGGCAGAGCGGACUUGGAAUAAUAUGAACUAUAGCGCAAAUAUACGGUUUAAUGAGGUUCCACGCGCACGAAGCCAUCCCACUCUUAUCGGAGUAACAAGUGCGUAGUGCGCAGAGGAAGUCUGAUACCUUUCUGCUCUCCGCGCGCAUGCAGCACACCGCCGACCGCGUGGCAUUUAGAAAGCUGCUGUCAGUGUAAACCAAAGGCGAUGAACAUCACGGCUAUAGGUAUAGUGCACUCGAUUUUAUUUUCAUGAUCACUCGUCUAACGUUACACAAUACGUAUUUCUCGAACUAAACAGCAGGUUGGCCGUAACACGAGAGUGAUUCUGCUGCGUCGCGUAGCAACGAGCGUGCAAUUGAUGCAGUCGGCUGACGGCAGUUUGAAUCGGCGUUGGUGACAGCGACAGUCAGUUCAACUGCCAACUGAGAAAUGUCAACAAAGAAAUAAAUAAACAGGAUACAUGGGCUA